UGAAACACAGCAACAGCGUCAGUAGUGCGCUGGUGAGUGCAAGCUGCGGGACCAGUGAGAGGAACGAGCUGUUCGUACGUGUUCAGUCUGAUUUACUCGAUCAAAUUUCGACCAAACUCUCGACCCCUUCUUAAGAUAACUUGAUCAAUGCCGCCAAAGUGCUAAUCACAGUCGUGAUCGCAGAGCGUACAACAUUAAACUGCAUCGCUGAUACGCGCCACUGAUGGCGACAGCUGAGUUCGCAGACAGUAGCAAAUGGUGGAACGUAGUUACAGAGAUAAAAAGGAAUUUUAUCACAAUCAGAUUAUUAGAUAAAUUGAUAGAAUAGUUAAAAACGCGAUUUACGCGAUUAACACUUAGCAGGUUAAAAUAAUAGGAUAACGUUAGGAAAGUACACAACCAGACGCAUGGCAUCUGCUGUAGUAAGUUGCAUUUGUAGAGAAAUAGCUGAAUAUCGUGUUACACACGACACACCAGAGGAAUGUCUUAACUAUGAGGUAAACCGGCUACGAACGUAUUUUCCGUUGUGGACAGUUCCUUACAUCUACCCAGAGGAACUAGCUCGUUGGGGCUUCUUCUACACCGGGUACCGUGAUUGUGUGCGCUGCUACUUUUGCCGCAUCGAGCUUGGAGGAUGGGACGAGCACGACGUCGUGAUAGAGGAACACUUGAAAUGGUCACCCCACUGCAGACUGAUGACCAAACGGCCAACAACCAAUGUGCCUAUUGAUCCGAACUUUCUCGAUCAGUUAGGGGAGACCGUGCCCGAUACAACGGGCACAGGCAGCAUGAUUGCAAGAGAAAUGGCAGCAACAGCAGCGCCGGCAGAAUCGAAUAGGCUUAAUCGCCAGAACGAACUGGAAAGGCACUCACAAAGGACGCAAAAUGAUACGAUGCCCUUCUAUAGGCAGAAGUACCCACAGUACCGAAUAGAGGGCGAUCGGUUAGCGACCUUUAAGGAGUGGCCCAAAUCGAUGCCACAAACACCUGAGCAGAUGGCUGAUGCGGGAUUUUUCUACACCGGCAAGAGUGAUGUGGUGGCGUGCUUUUACUGCGGUGGCAACCUGCGGGACUGGCUGGCCGAGGAUGACCCGUGGGUGGAGCAUGUGAGGAACUUUAGCGAAUGCCCGUACGUGAAGCUAGUGAAGACGCCCGAGUUCAUUGCGGAAUGCCGGGGGGAGAAGGUCACAAACAGUGCGCUCACAGUCGGUCCGGAGCAUUCUGGACUUGGUAAUGUGAGCAAGGAUAAAGAGCAGGACGAAGUGUCGGAUGAAAAGUGUUGCAAAAUUUGUUACAUUCGACCGUUCGAUACGGUUUUCAUGCCGUGCGGACACGUGGUGGCAUGUGGCAGGUGUGCCGCCACUACUACCAAGUGUCCGAUGUGCAAUGAGCCGUAUACCAGCGUUCAGCGUAUAUUUUUUUCGUAAUUUCACCCUUAAAAUUUAGUUGAAACGUUCUCAUCAAUCGUGUAGCAAUCAAUGGAGUGGCACUUGACGUAUCGUAAAAGUAUGUUGCUAAUUGAAGAUAAGUUGCAAACCCAUAAAAGCCUUGGCGUUAUUUGUAGGUCUUUCUAAUCUCGAAUGUAAGAUAAGAUUUCGUGAGGUUGUGAUUAUUUGUUGUCAUAAAUUGAUUGCGCUAGUUGACUGACGCACUGAAACACUUCACUGUCGUUUUGCCGCUAAGGUUGACGAAAGCAAUACAUCCGUGACAAAAAUAGAGCAGCACAUCACAAAUCUUUCCUAUAUCGAGAUAUAAGCGAAGGCUGCCCUAAACGGAAUGACUUGAAGUAGUGUUGGAUUGUGGAGCAAGGAGCAAUCUGAGCCAUAAAGUCUUAUGGCAGUAUGUUCGCAUACCACCCAUUACUACUUUAAUGCAUUCGCGAUGACUACAGGGGUUUGCAAUGCAACCCAAGAUCAGGAGCACAUUUUACGAUUCGUUGUGUGUUGUGAACUGCUCUUUGCACUUAUUAUUUUAUUCACACAUAUUAAAACAUUACAUAAUAAAUAAUAAUAAAAACGUAAAACACUUUAAAACGUACAAUUGCGGUGGCCGCGCACCAACCGCACCGAGCGCCCCUGCCGAGAGCUCCUGCUCGAUCGGCUCGCUAACACACUCUAACU